CGCUGGCUGCAUCCCCAUCGUGUUGUGUUGUUGUGUGUCCUCUUGUAUCUGGUCUGUCCAAUGUCCAACGGAUUGAAGUGCCUGAAUGGUAGUCAUCGGAGACCACCCAUGGUUGUUACCUCUACGGUUCUACCAGUCCCUUCUCUUUCUCUUUCAAUAUCAAUGUCAACAAAAGAGAAUGAGCGGCGGAAUAAUAAGAAUCACAAGAAUGGCCAAGGCGGCUAUCUGUGUAACUCACCCGUGGAAACACCAUGACGAUGAUAAUGCCGUGGAGAUUGCUGGCGCUUUUGAUUGUGGCUGUGUUCUCAAAUUACUGCAGCUCGGGUCCAAUAAUGCAGUGUGAUUGUGGUCAUCCACCAAAACUUAAUCUUCCUUCACGACUAGUGAUCCCUUUUCAAGUGGAUUUUCACUCCCUUGCUGCUGUCACUCGUUUCCUUGUCUGUCUCGCGUUGUUGUCAUUACUGGGUCAUUCGUUGCAGACAUUCAACCCUCCAGAUCUCCCUCUUUCCCCCCUCGCUUGGGUAGUUUUGGUUUUCUUUUUUAUUAUCCCCCCUGGUGGUCUGAUUAGAGCACCUUUCCCUCUUUUUCGUUCUCAUCGCAGUCUGUAUUUUCCAACAGGUCGGGCUUUCAUUGCCUUCAUCUGCUCCCCUGUGGCUUCACCGAGGCGGCUGUGUUGCGCAACUCUCCACUGCUUCAGCCACACUUCCGAAGGCUUCAUCGCACCCUCUCUGCUUGCUUCAGACUCCACGUCAAUUUGUAAGUGCCUGAACGGCUUCAUCCCCAUUGGAUCAUUGCUGCAAUGACAGCUGGGUACCAGUCUGUUGGGUCGCCUGACAAGCCUGGCGUGCUGCGCAUCGAAGCUUGUUGGAUUGCCAUCGCCUUCGAAGAUCUACUACUUUAUCGCCUGUCGCCUAAUAUCUAUGUAGUAUAAGAAGCCUGUCCUCAAGAGCCAUCACCUCUGUCCUGAACAC